UGACGUGGCAAGCUUCAAACGGCAACGGUCACGUGACAUUCGGUCGGACGCCAGAAGCUCCGAAGCACCGAUUCGCUCCGCGAAUUAAUUCUUCCCGAAUGAGUUGCGAGCGGCUCGAAACCUCGACACCGUUCGUCCGUCACUACUUUCAGGAAAUAAAACAUCAUUGAAAUAAACUCUUCUUGGUGGUGGUGGUGCACGUUGAAGCUCCUCGGCCUAGUUAGCUUAGCUUAGCUUAGCUUAGCUUAGCUUAGCUCGCUAGCCGCUAGCGAAGCGACGCGCGCGUUCGUCGGCAACGCAUCGCAAAUUGGAGAUCGCCUGUGAAGGUGUUGUGAUUAUCGCGUGGGGGGGGGAAAAUGUGUGCGAGAACGACGGCCAAGUCCGAGAAGGAACUUUCUGGAACGAAAGAGGAGGACGAGCCGCGACGUCAACUUGCGGACGCUGUUCGCAUGCAGCCUCGCGUUGGGUUCCACACAGCAGACAUCACUGAAGAUCUUCGUACUGAGCGGCAGGAGCCAGAGCCCCCUCACAUUAAAGAGGAAGUGGAGGACAAAGAGGUCCACCACAUCAAAGAGGAAGAGGAGCCCAUUUUGAUUAAAAAAGGGGAGGGAGAUGCUCGACCCCACAUCAAACAGGAAGUGGAGGAGGACAUCACCAAGUUUCCAUCGACUGGUGUCCCUUUGAAGAGUGAAGCUGAAGGUCAAAGUGAGGAGAGCAGAGGGGCGGAGCCACCAAGCAGCAGCUCAAGUCAACACAUGAAGACAGAAGGUGACGGAGACCACUGUGGAGGAUCACCAGCAGACGGACUCUUAGCGGCACUGUCAGAUUGUGACGACAUGACGUCACAUCCUCCCCACACUGAUGAUGAUGAUGAUGAUAAACAGUAUGAAGGUGAUAUGACAUGUCACGCUGACAACAAACGAUGGAAAUGUUCUCAUUGUGGGAAAACAUUUGCUUAUAAAAGCCGUUUGAAACAGCACGUGAGAACACACACUCGUGAAAAACCUUUUGCAUGUUCAGUUUGUGGUCAAAGAUUCUCUGUGAAGGAAAGCUUAAAAUUACACACAAGAACCCACACUGGUGAGAAACCAUUUUCCUGCACAGUUUGUGGUCAAAGAUUCUCUGAAAGGGGAAACUUAAAAAAACACACAAUAACCCACACUGGUGAGAAACCGUUUUCCUGCACAGUUUGUGGUCAAAGAUUCACUCAGAAGGGAAACUUAAAAAUGCACACAAGAACCCACACUGGUGAGAAACCUUUUUCUUGCUCAGAUUGUGGUCUAAGAUUCUCCGUGAAGGAAAACUUAAAAAAACACACAAGAACACACACUUGUGAGAAAACUUUUUCUUGCUCAGAUUGUGGUCUAAGAUUCUCCGUGAAGGAAAACUUCAAAAAACACACAAGAACACACACUGGUGAGAAACCUUUUCCCUGCUCGGUUUGUGGUCGAAGAUUUACUCAGAAGGAGAAGUUAAAAAUACACACAAGAACCCACACUGGUGAGAAACCAUUUUCUUGCUCAGAUUGUGGCCAAAGAUUUUCUGAAAAGGGAAGUUUGACAAAACACACAAGAACGCACACUGGUGAGCAGCCUUUUUCCUGCUCAGUUUGUGGCCGAAGAUUCACUCAGAAGGGACACUUAAAAAAACACACAAGAACACACACUGGUGAGAAACCUUUUUCCUGCUCAGAUUGUGGUCGAAGAUUCACUCAGAAGGGAAACUUAAAAAAACACACAAGAACCCACACUGGUGAGAAACCUUUUUCCUGCUCAUUUUGCGGUCUAAGAUUCUCUGUGAAGGAAAACUUAAAAAUACACACAAGAACCCACACUGGUGAGAAACCUUUUCCUUGCUCUGAUUGUGGCCAGAGAUUUUCUGAAAAGGGAAGUUUAACAAAACACACAAGAACGCACACUGGUGAGAAACCUUUUUCCUGCACAGUUUGUGGUCAAAGAUUCUCUGAAAAGGGAAACUUAAAAACACACACAAGAACCCACACUGGUGAAAAACCUUUUUCCUGCUCAGUUUGUGGCCAAAGAUUCUCUGUCAAGGGAAGUUUAACAAAACACACAAGAACGCACACUGGUGAGAAACCUUUUUCCUGCUCAUUUUGUGGUCUAAGGUUCUCUGUGAAGGAAAACUUAAAAAAACACACAAGAACACACACUGGCGAUAAACCUUUUUCCUGCUCGGUUUGUGGUCGAAGAUUCAUUCGGAAGGGAAACUUAAAAAAACACACAAUAACCCACACUGGUGAGAAACCUUUUUCUUGCACAGAUUGUGGCCAAAGAUUUUCUGAAAAGAGAAGUUUAACAAAACACACAAGAACGCACACUGAUGAGAAACCUUUUUCCUGCUCAGUUUGUGGCCAAAGAUUUUCUUAUACGCGUCAGGUCAAGACACACAAGUGUGCUGGUGAGAAUAGCAGUGAUCUAGAAUCGUGAA